AAGGAAACUCCGGAGUGGAGUGUAAUACCAAAUGACAAGUAACUAAAAGUCAACGAUAUACAGAUUAACCACCACAGGAUCCAUGAGACAGAUCAGACAAGUCUUGGAUUCGAUUGAUAGUAUUCCUCUUCUUCUCCUUGUCCAAUCUCCCCAGGCCAAUCUGAUGAUCAAAGACUAAGAAGACAGUUGGAGAUCGAUCUGGGAUUCCGACACUUAAUUCUUUUAUAGGAACACUUACACAUUAUGUCUGUAUGUAUGGUAUUCAUCAUGAUCAAAGAAAAAGAAAGAACAGAGAGAGCGUUGUGAAGCCCAAGCAAGAAAUAGAGGCUGGGAAUCGGGUGGAGCCAGACGGGGGAGGCGGCGGGUUGCGGAAAUAAUACGGGAAAUAGGGGAGGAUCGGGUUCGGAGGCGGUGGCGCCGGACCUGUGAUGUAAUUUGGUGGGGAUGGGGGAGAAUAACCGCUACCCCCGCCGCCACUAGGGGGAGAAAGACUUGGGUUGUCGGAGCCAUAAGGAGGCGGGGGCGUCGCGGCGGCGGUGUCAUCAUUCGUCGCACUCACAAACGGCUCGCAUAAGAAUGACAUCAUUAUCGCCACACACACCAAGGAACAAAUCUUGAUGACCUCCUCCUCCAUUUUCAUGAAACAAUGAAUUCCGGGAAGAUCGAUCAGAUGAUCGAGUUCCGAAACCCGAUGGGAUAUAAAAACGAAGAACGAUCGGAGAAAUGGGAGAAGAAAAAAACUCACCGAAACAAUGAAGCAGCCCCGGCGCCAACUAUCUCCAAAAACGAUAAAAUCGUCCCUAAUCCAGAGUAUACCUCCUGGACCAUCGUUGACACACAGAUCCGCGCCUGCCUCCUAGCGGUCAUCAGCCCCUCCGUUCACAAACAUGCUCGCGGCUUCACCACAUCUGCUGCCCUCUGGGAUGCUUUGGCCGCACGGUACAACUCUGUGUCCACCGCUCAUGUUUAUCAGCUUCGGGACAAACUCCACACUCUUCGUAAAGGUACCAAAACUAUGACACAAUACCUUGAUGAUGUGGCAACUAUUCUCUCGGAUCUCGAUGCCUUGAAAGNGGAUGGCUGAUCUCCGAAGAAAUAAACCUGGAGAUGGAGAAUAAACUCAGCCUCACCGA